AUGUUUGGUUCAUUAGUACCGGAUCAGCAAGGUACAUUUGAAUCAGAACACUUCCUAUCAGUUCUUAAGAACAAAAGUAAAAUCAGAUAUAUGCUGUUUGAACAUGCUAGAAUAGAAGAGAGACGAAGUUCAUUUAGGGAAGAUAUUGAAAAGAGGGAAAUCUCUAUUACAUUCGAAGAUGUUGGCAUUAACACUCCAGGCGUGUCUCUCUCAAAAGUAACAGAAACACAGAAUGAAAUUCACUUCGAAUCCAAUCCAUUGAUAUUCAGUGGAGUUAGUGUUGUCAUCAAUGGGCAUAUCAGUCUUGAAGAUCUUACUGGCUAUGUGAAAAUGGAUUUGAGUGGAGAUUCUCCAGAACUGGCAGACUCGAUGUAUGCCUUGUCGGAGGAUGAAAAAAAUUUUUUACGAACAAGAGGCUUGCCUAUCCCUUAG